UCAGUGCAAACAGGACAGGCGCUUCGGUUGGUCACACGGUCCGGGCGGGUGUUCCGGACGUCGGUCGUCGUUCGUGUCUGUUGAAUCCGGAUUGUGUGUUGCGGCGUCGGAGCUUUGUGUGUUCAAGUUGAAACGGGGGAGUGAGUGAAAGACGUCCUGGAGGACCUUCUCAACCGCAAAAAAACGGAACGGGAACAAAGAGAAGAUUCGCGAAGUUGUGACCCCAAAACAGGGCGUUCGGGACGCUUGGGGGCGUUCCGGAGGUUCCGCGCCGUGGCGUUAUCUAAAAGUUGUUAUCUCUGGAGAGGUGUUUAAAAAAGUGUUCUUGGGGGAGUCAACUGAAAAAAAAAUAUUGUAAUGAGUGAAACCGCGUAGCGGCGGGGCCAGCAGGACGGAAUGAAGUGAACCACCAAAAACCGAAGAAUCGAGAAUUGAGUGAAAUUUAUUGUCCCUCGUGGUGGGUUGAAGAAAGGAAGAAAGGGGAAGUUAGUGGGGUGUUGGCGUGCCGAAUGAUGUGCGCCGUGGCCGGUGCCACCGUUGCCGUCGAGGAACCAUGUCGGAGAGCAGCCUGCGUGCCAACAGCUGCCUCGAGCUGUCCGAGAUCAAGCGGUUGGACAGUCUGCUGCGGCAGUGCGAAACGCUGAGCUACGACGACCUGUCCUCGUGCAGCAGCAAUGGUGACGCCGAGUUGGCCGACUACAUGGAACCGAAGGGCCGGUUGAAGAGUCGCCGCCGUCGGAACUCGUCGGCGAACCUGAUGAAUACGACGUCUACGGGAACGCCGCCACCGCCGGCCACGUCACGAUCGGCCGCCAUCCGGGCGCUGUCCAACUUGAACGUGUUUCACAGCGCCAAGAAGAUCAUGCGAAUGGUUCAGGAGAAUCCGGACCGGAACAGUCUGCUGCCGCGGGAUACACGCCACGCCCAUCACCACCAUCAGCAUCGACCCGACGAAGGGGACGAUUGCUACAAGACCCAGAGCUGCUCGAACCUGCAAAAACCCUGCACCGGCAGCUGCAGCUGUUGUGCCGCACUUGGUGGGGGCAGUUGCGGCUGCUUCAACAACGAUCAGGGUUCAAGCCCUGCUUCGAAACCUAGUGCCGGCAAUGCCGCUUCUUCAAACAAUGGCGGCGAUCACUUCUUCAGCAUAUCGGAGAACUUUCUAGCGACGGCAGCCGACAACGAGGCCAACGCGGCCACCGAAUCGGACUGCCAGUGUUACGACCCACCGCCCCUUACCCCAAACCCAGACCCAAAAAAACAAACCGCCAUCCGCAAACGAAGACAGAGUGAAAAACCCGCCACCAACCCCGCCCAACUCCUCGCAGCCCCAUCCGACGCCAUCUCCGCCAUGAAGACCCACAAGUCGGAAACGUUCGUCAAGCAGCGCCGGUUCGACGUGGACGAAGACAAUCGGAUCGUCAAUAUCAACGAAACGCCCAACAUAGUUCCUAUCUCGCUGAACGACGUAAACCGGGAACCGGGGACGGCGACCUUCCGCAAUCAAAAGUCCCUGGACAACAAGUCGGACCGGUCGGCCACCUCGGCCCGGUCGAUGCGGUCCAAGUUUUCGCCGCAAUAUCUGACGCGGAAAAUUUCCACCAAAACCGGCUCCGUCGGGGGUGAUGGAGAUGGGGGUGGCGGUGGUGGACCAGUUGGAGUUGGGGGGAUCGCCGGUGGAAUCGGGGACGGUGGCGCCAAAGAGCUGCUGUUGGGGCUCAACUUUGAGAAAAUGCUUCCAGAGCCGGUCGAAACGGUCCUAUCGCUCGGCGCCGAUGUACUACCGGAAUACAAACUACAGAGUCCACGUGUUCACAAAUGGACAAUACUGCACUACUCUCCGUUCAAGGCGGUGUGGGACUGGAUAAUAUUAAUAUUAGUUAUGUAUACAGCAAUAUUUACCCCAUACGUAGCAGCAUUUUUGCUGAACGAACCUGACUUUAAUCAAAGAAAGAAUCGCAAAUAUGCUGAUGACCCAAUUGUGAUAAUUGAUUUAAUAGUUGAUGUAACAUUUGUCAUAGAUAUAUUAAUUAAUUUUCGGACGACGUUCGUCAACGGCCAGGACGAGGUGGUGUCCCACCCGGGCCGCAUCGCGGUGCAUUAUCUGAGCGGUUGGUUCCUGAUCGACCUGGUGGCGGCCAUCCCGUUCGACCUGCUGCUGGUCGGAAGUGAUACGGACGAGCUUGGCUUGGACAAAGAUGAGACAACGACUCUAAUUGGUUUAUUGAAAACGGCACGUCUAUUGCGUCUAGUGCGAGUAGCACGAAAGAUCGACCGCUAUUCGGAAUAUGGCGCUGCUGUUUUAGUAUUACUGAUGGCUACCUUUGCACUAAUCGCUCACUGGCUGGCUUGUAUUUGGUACGCGAUAGGGAACGCCGAGCGGCCCAUGAUGAAGAACAAAAUCGGCUGGCUGGACGCACUGGCGGACGCCACCCAGGAGUACUACUACGCCAACAACACCGGCGGUGGUCCGUCGAUUAAGUCACGUUACGUGACCGCCCUGUACUUCACCUUUACCUCGCUAACGUCGGUUGGCUUCGGCAAUGUCGCCCCGAACACGGACGCAGAGAAAAUCUUCACGAUAUGCGUGAUGCUGGUCGGAUCCCUCAUGUACGCCAGUAUCUUCGGAAACGUUUCGGCCAUCAUUCAACGGUUAUACUCCGGAACGGCACGGUACCACACGCAAAUGUUGCGUGUCCGGGAGUUUAUUCGGUUCCAUCAGAUUCCAAAUCCGCUGCGGCAACGGCUGGAGGAGUACUUCCAGCACGCGUGGACCUACACGAACGGCAUCGACAUGAACUCGGUGCUCAAGGGCUUUCCCGAGUGCCUGCAGGCAGACAUCUGUCUGCACCUGAACCGGAAUCUGCUCACCAACUGUUCCGCCUUCGAAGCGGCCAGCCCCGGCUGCCUUAGAGCUCUUUCGCUAAAGUUCAAGACAACUCACGCUCCGCCCGGUGACACUCUGGUGCACAAAGGAGACGUCCUCACGUACCUAUAUUUUAUAUCACGGGGCUCGAUAGAGAUUUUAAAAGACGACGUAGUCAUGGCGAUAUUAGGAAAAGAUGAUAUUUUCGGCGAAAAUCCCUGCACGCACACGACGCUGGGAAAAUCAAACAGUAAUGUUAAAGCACUAACCUAUUGUGAUCUACAUAAGAUUCAUAGAGAUGACUUAUUAGACGUGUUAGAUUUAUUUCCGGAAUUUUAUGAUAGUUUUGUAAAUAGUUUGGAAAUUACGUAUAAUAUGCGAGAUGAAGAGCAAGCGGGCAUAGAGUUAAGGCAUCGACAUAUGCGACUCGGGUCCCAGGAUAGAGAUAGUGAUACGCGAUCCUACGUUAGAAGGAUAAACACGGUGCAUCAUAGACCGAGUCAGACCAAAUGUGAUAUUCCAAAUGAUAGAAGUUCGGGACAAUUGAGCACAAACUUCGACGACGAUCGAAAGUUUUCUAUAUCAGGAAUGAUGACUCAAAUAAAGCGAAGCAUUCCAGAUCUUAGAUCGAACAAACAUCAACCAUUGACCAGCACUUGUGCGUCCCCGAACGAAAGCCCCAAAAGCACCCACAAGCACAGUCCGCCGGAUGAUUUGCAGUCGCCGAAGGGGGCGGCCCCCGAUGCCGUAACGCUCAGUGCCAUCAGCCAGCGGGCCUGCGUGUGUGGUCCCAAGGAGGGCGUUCUGCCUCCACCACUUCCCCUGCCCGGUGGAGGAGGUGGUGGUGGCGGCAUGAGAACGAGCGGAACCAUCGACCUCAACAUCAAGUGCAGCACGGACGAGGACGGGUUCCAUCACCAUCACGGGGCGCCGGGAACGAGCAGUCGGGAGAGGGACCGGGAUCGGGAUCGAGACCAUCGUGACGAGCAUCGACACCACCAUUCGCACCACGAACAUCUAGGAUCAUCGGUAACGAAUCAGCUGUCCGCGCUAACGAUAAGACUAGACAACCUGGAGGGCAGCCUCAAGAAGGACAUUCGCACGAUUCUGGACCUGCUCCAUCAGCAGCAGCAGCAAAUGCACCAGCAGCACCAGUUGCAGCAGAUGCAGAUGCAGCAGUCCGGCAAGACGGCAAUGUCCUCGUACCAACCGUCCGAGAGUGACUUCUCCUUCGACAUGUGUGGCAGUGGCGUUGGUGGGACCGGCGGCGGCGGGGACUCUGGUGCGGCCAUGACCAGGUCACAACAUCAGCAGCAACACUCGCACCAGCACCAGCAUCAGCAACAACAGCACCAGCAACAGCAGCAGAUGCAGCAACGUGCCAGCGGAACCAGUGUGCAGCGGUCGGUGUCGCAGCCGGAGUGCGCCAACGAGAAAAGCCUUUUCAAGUGCUCAAAAUUUUCAUCAUUUAAUCAACCCAUGGACGAUACCCCGGAGGGCCACAACUGGAACAUUUUCGCCCCAAUCGCCAAGCUCGAGUCGUUGGACGAAAUUGACCAAGACAGCAAACACUCCACCGGUCAGGAGAAGCCUCAAUAACGCUUACUGUAGAAUGACGAGAAGAAGUGUCGCUGCCAGAUGAUGAUGAUGAUGAUGCUGGCAGACCAACCACAGAAAUACAGAAACUUUAGCUCCUCUCGCCGCCGAGGGGAGUCGUUUAACGUUAGUGUGUACAUACUAAACUGCUUUGGAGGUUAUUUCAUAUACGUUCAUCUUUGAUUAGCUUGAUCGAGACUAGCGACAUUAAUGCAGAGCAAAAAGACACACACUCACAAACACAACUAUUGUACAUUUUUUCAUAUAAAUAAUGAACAUAAAAAAUUUAUACGAGAUAUCAGCAGAUUUUUACGAUGAAAACAAAAACAAAGCAAAUAUUACCAGCAAAACAAAUCGCAACUAGUUAAGAAAUCCCGCGCGCGCAGUGUUUAUAGCAAAGCGAUGAACUUAAGCUGGAUGGGUGCUUUAAAGGAAAAAAAACCAGCUCCAGCCUCUAGGUUUCAUCGGAUAUCUCUCUUGUUAUCAAGUUGUACGUUAAACGCAAGCCAACUCAAGAAGAAGCAGCAGCAGCAGCAGAAGCAAAAAAGGAUGAAUGAAUAAGACAAAGUUAAAAAAAGGAGGAAAAAUACACACAAACACACACUCACACACAAACACACACAAAGACGAUUUAAACGUAAGUAAAAUCUCAAUUUCGAAGAUGAGUUUGUCAUUUUCGUAGACGCAAUUUUUCACUUUUUCCUCUUAGGUCGUACUUUAUAUUAGGAAAGCAAGCUGUUUGAAAAACGAAACAAAAAUAAAGUGAAAUAAGUUAGUCAAUUUGUUUUAGCGCAGUUCAUCGAGAUUAAUUUUCCAAAAUCAAGGCGGGAAAUUGGUUAUAGACUAAACGGAGAAACGCUUCUUUUUUUCCUAGGAAAGAGUUGCACACAGUGAUAGAAAAGAAGCAAAAAAUGAAACAAAUCGGGGAGGGGAAAAGGGGAAAGAAACCGCAAAGUGCUUCUUAGAAGCUAGGGCAUUAAUCUCACCAGGCAAAUCGAACUAGUCACACGGAUUUCCUUCAGAAAAAAAAUACACAAACACACACACACAAUUGCUCACCCACACCAGCGACAGCAGCAAACAAACAAAAAAACAGCAAUAAAAGAAAGGCCCCGCAGGCAGCAAAGUGAAAAGAUGAAGCAAUUUCAGUUUUCUUCUCUCUAUCUGUGCAUAGAAAAGAGAUUAAAAAGUUUUGGUUGCCCACCCCCACCAAAGAGGGUGGGUGGGCGUUUAGAACAUUUUAGGAUACUUUUUAAGUUUGCAGCGAAUGCUUUGGCAGCCAAAAUACACACACUAACACAAAAGUCACUAACACAAACACCAGGUUACAAUAACACACACACACACACACACACAUACAAACACAAACACGCAAACACAACAAUGCAUUGAAAGAACUGAGGAAAAUAAAGGUUAAAAGUUUAUAGAAAAUGUACGGAAAAUAUACCUUACGAAAAAUCGA